UGUUGCCUCUCCCCUGCCCCCCAGCUCCAGGCUGGCGACUUCCGAAGCCCCCGACCCCAUGGAGGAGUGGGACGUCCCACAGAUGAAGAAAGAGGUGGAGAGCCUCAAGUACCAGCUGGCCUUCAAGAGGGAGAUGUCUUCCAAGAGCAUCCCGGAGCUGCUGAAGUGGAUUGAGGACGGGAUCCCCAAGGACCCCUUUCUGAACCCCGACCUGAUGAAGAACAACCCCUGGGUGGAGAAGGCCAAGUGUACCAUCCUGUGAGCGCGGUUUGAG